GAAACAGUUUCGCUCAUAUUUUAGCGUAUGUGCGUACGUAUACUCUACUGCAUAAUUUUGGCAUAAUGUUACACUUAAAGCUUGGCUGAAACAAUGUGAACUAGGAGAAGUGGAAAUCUAGGUAUGCAUUUAGCGGAAAUGUAAUUCAUUUUCAACGUGUCAAAGUCGUUUCUGUAAAAAGAGUGGAAGGUGAAAUAGUACAAGUAUUGUGAUAUAUAAAUAUACGUAAAAUUAGUGAAUUGAGUGAAUUGAUAGAUCAGUGUGUUUCACAAAGGCGCAAUGGAAUGUUCCCCAUACCGCAUGCUGUUCUUCGUGUUGGGGCUGUUCUCAUUCGGGUUUCAGAUCGUGGGACUGUUGUUUCCGUCGUGGGAGCGAAUGGGAAUCGAGGUGCACACAGCCAGCCUCGACAUGUCCAUCUACCUCCGCCGCGGUCUAUGGCUCAAUCACGUGUGUGUGAAUCAGGGCUACGGUGACACAUGCCGCCUCCUUCCGGCAUCACAGGCGUGGGGCGACUCCAAGGGAAAUCCAAUCAAUGAUGCUUUGGCCCAGCAGAACUUUGCGUCAAGUUUCACGAUCCUGAAGAUCCUGGUACUGGCUGGUGGAAUCUUGGCUCUCGUGGGGUUCCUUCUCGUGCUCAUGCAUUUCCGGCGAGAGGACAACAACGUUCCCGGUCGCGCAAUGGCGAUCUUGGGCACCAUAGCCUGGGCUCUUUGUGGUCUCCUGGUGUUCGCGGCGGUGGCGAUCCAGGGGUUCCGGCACGCGAACACGGUGAGCGGCCUUGAGAUGUUGGAAUCCAUGGACGCCUUCGAGGGAAUCUCCAUAGAGCUGUACUUCCCAUGGGGCAUCCUCGUCUCAGGUAUAGGUGCGUCCCUGGCGUUGAUGGCGACAUUAGCGGUGUCCGUCCGUCUGUGCCGCAGCAAUAGCAGCGACCAGUAUGGCGGCGGUGAUUACUCCGCGCACUACACACCGGCAUCAAAGGCGUAAUCUGUCGGCUGAUAUUAGUACAUAGAUGUUCUCGCAGUUAUGUAGAUGUUCUCAGUGAUAAACGUGGAAGGGUGGAAACAAUGACCAAAUUAUAAAAAAUAUACAAACCAUAAAGGGAGAUCCUGAUAUUUUUAAACGCGUAGGCUUAAAUUGUAAUUGAUCCAUGAAUCCGCCUGCAUUCAAGUCACUGUAGGGAUAUGAUUAUUGUUAUUGUAAUAAAUUAGAGUAAUGAGUCCUGUCAAAAAUAUUUUGUUGUGCGUAGUCUUUGAGCAAAUAUUGACAAAGCCAUUCUCUUUAAAUCUUCUCUAGGUAUGCCAAUAUUCCUGUGAACGACUUGUUAAAUACGUGUGUUGGAAUUUCAAUUGCUGUAUUUUUACACUAAUAUUUUUUUUAUGAACUUGGUUCUGGCAUAAAUUUAUUGGCCUAUUCUAUCUGGGAGUAUAAUUUGUUUUUGAUCUCAGAUUCUAUGUAUUUUAAAUAUAAGAUCAUUUAAGCCUACAACAUCGUGAUUCUUAUCCAAUUACAAUAUUUUUGAUAGUUCAGGUAUACAGAUGAAUGUGCCUUCUGAAUUAUUUUAUACCUCAUCCACAGGUUUUUUGAGAAACUCCUGGGACCUCACCAUGAUUCUGUUUCAACUCAUUCUCUCUAUUUUUUAGUUGAUCAAAAUUUUGGACCAAAUGACGCUGCAUUCAGAAUGGGAUUUUUUGUGUAGACUUUUAUUGGCCAAAAUGCGUUAUUUGUAUAGAUACAUAAUGAAGAAAACAUAUUGGUAUAUGAAUUCUGAAUACAGUGACUGCAAAUAUAACGAUGUUUCAUGCGAUGUGUACACAUAUGUGUUUAUUGAACAUUUACUUGCCUAAAAAUACAAUAAUUAUCUUUAAGUUCACACAUAAUUAUGUAAUAAAACGUUCACUGAUUAUUAGAUCGUCUCUUUUUCAACGAACAACAGUCGGAUUAUUGUGAUAGCCUUGGUUGCCUUUGUGUCGCAUUUGGCAUCGUUUUGAAUGCCCACGAGUUAUGUCCCCUGUUUGGAAGAGAAAACGAAAACAACAGAAUAGCGUUGACGUUCGCUGCGUGGCACUCUUUUUUAUUAUCAGCCUUGUUUUAUGUUGUAUUGUAAAUUUGUGUUUCAGCUAUAAGCCACAUAGAAUGUUAAAACAGCCUUUAAAACGUUUCAAGUUCACGGAGUUGCAUUACGGUAACCUUCCCAUAUACAUUAUAUAUAUUUUUUGAAAUUUGAAAACACUCAAUUCGUACCCACCCGGAUGUUUUUGAAGUGUAGUAAAUUACUCAUUUGGUAUGGAUUCAUAUACAAUGUAUAUAUAUUUUGUUAAAUUAAUAAAAAUGUCGUAUCGUUCUGGCUGUAUUGAAGUUGAAUACAAGUAAAGCAAUUUGAAAACCA